GAGAGAGGGAUAAAUAACUUUGUAAAAUAGGCAGAAGACAGACACAGUGGGAGGGAAACACAAUUCAGUGAUCGAGCACCAAGACAGCCUCUCUGCUCCACGCCUGGGUUUUAUGCAGGGAAAGGGAGAAAAGAAGAGUGAGGAAGAGGCUCAGGUUGCCUCGUCUGAUUUGGAGCCGCCAGGACUCAGGCCAAAGAAUGUGUCUCCCACGGAAGAAAAUGUCUAAGUCGUUGAAGAAAAUCGUGGAGGAGAGUCGGGAAAAGAAUGUGCCCGAGGUGGAUAUGUGUGACAGGGGGAUAUCAAACAUGUGUGACGUCCCAGGACUGUUUACCCUGUCCAACAUCACUCAGUUGGUCCUAAGUCACAACAAGCUCACAACUGUGCCCCCGAACAUUACGGAGCUGAAGAACCUGGAGGUGUUGAACAUGUUCAACAACCAGAUCGAGGAGCUGCCCACCCAGAUCAGCAGCCUGCAGAAGCUCAAGCACCUCAACCUGGGGAUGAACAGGCUGAGUACCCUGCCCCGUGGCUUUGGCUCCCUACCGGCCCUGGAGGUUCUGGAUAUCACCUACAAUAACCUUAACGAGUCCUCCCUGCCUGGAAACUUCUUCUACCUCACCACCCUGCGCGCACUCUAUCUCAGUGACAACGACUUCGAGGCCCUGCCCGCCGACAUCGGCAAACUGGCCAAGCUGCAGAUUCUGAGUCUGAGGGAUAAUGACAUCAUAUCUCUCCCCAAAGAGAUUGGAGAUCUGGCCCAGCUCAAGGAGCUGCACAUCCAGGGCAACCGCCUCACUGUCCUUCCCCCAGAGCUGGGUAACUUGGACCUGACAGGACCUAAGCAGGUGUUCAAGGCGGAGAAUAACCCCUGGGUGACCCCCAUCGCUGACCAGUUCCAGCUGGGGGUGUCUCACGUGUUUGAGUACGUCCGCUCCGAGACCUACAAGUAUCUGUACGGGCGACACAUGCAGGCCAACCCUGAGCCCCCGAAGAAGAACAACGACAAAUCCAAGAAAAUCAGCCGCAAGCCGCUGGCCGCCAAGAACAAGUGAGGGGGAGAGAAGAGAAGAAGAAGAAG